AUUUUCCCAUCGUUGUUCUGAAACGUCAGAAGAUGCUUUUAACCAAUUUGUGGUGAAAUUGUUUUGGUGAUGUUUGAAAUUAGUAUUUCUGCUCUUCGAAGAAGCAUUUAUUUAUGAUUAUAGAGAAAUUUGAGUUUACUACAUAUUUUGGGGCGGCCAAAGAUGGUACACCACUGCGUUACGUAGCCAUGGGCAGAGGAGAUUUCCAUGGUUUUAUUAUGUGUAUGUCAACGUACGAUAUUAUGACAUAUUGCAUCAGCGUACUUGAAUAUGAUAUUCAGAAGACAAGAGAGCAAACUGAAAAGACUGGAAAGGAAAUCAAUGAAAUAAGCUACAUUUUAGAUUUUGAGCAUUUUUCUCUACAGCAAUGUACUUAUUUUUGCGUUGUGGAAAUGGGACUGGAUUUGUUGAGAAUGUUACAAGAUUAUUAUCCAGAAAUUUGGAAAAACAUACUGAUUGUGAAUGCUCCAUUUUACUUCUAUCAAGCAUUCAAUCUUAUGAAACCGAUAUUACGGCAAACCCUCUUACGAAAUAUUCGAGUUACAUCGAAAGAGGACACAGCAGGACUAUUGCUGAAGUAUGUGGACCCUGAAGUGUUGCCAGCGUUUCUUGGAGGCAAAAGGGUUGAUUCGAAAGGAGAUCCUAUGUGCUCUGAAUUUAUAAAAUAUGGAGGUAUGGUUCCUGAAGAAUAUUAUGCGUGCAACAGAACUCAUCUACCGAAAAAGGAUCCCAAUACAGAAAAAAUAUUAAUUGCUGCCAGAUCCUUUUACAAUUAUCCAGUUAUCGUCCAAAAAGCGGAUUCUUAUAUACGAAUAGAGCUCAGUGCAAAAGGUGGUUCUAUUCUCACUUCGCUACUCUACAGGCCAUUUGAUCAAGACUUAGAGAAACCCAACAUACCACGAACAGAUGAACGUCUAGAUCCGCAUAACGAGGAACACAAUAUUCGCCUUGUCAGCCCACCCAUUAGGCUUCAAGCCCAUCUACCAAUCAAUUACCACAAAUUUGUUCCGUGGCCUGGUAUUUAUAUAUUCAAGUUCGAUAACACUCACAGCUGGAUGAAAUCAAGAAGAAUUGACUUCAACAUUCAAGUUGAACCUCAUUGCUCCUGAUGCUUUUAUUAAAAGAAUAUGGAAAUCUUAUACAACUGCACAACAAUUGUUUGAAAAUGGCAAUGCAACUGUGGAAAACUGCAUAGAGGCCGAUUUCCUAAAUUUCAGGAAAAUAAUCAUUCUGUUGCUCUCUCAUCUCAUUUCAUGUGCGAUUUAGAUGACAUUAUGAAAUUAUUUUUCAAACUUUUCAAUAUCAUGGACGUUUUCCUUCAAAAAUAAUAUUACAUUUUUAAUUAAACAAUUUAAUAAUAAA